AUGGCAGUGGAGCAUGGCAGUGGAGCAUGGCAGUGGAGCAUGGCAGUGGAGCAUGGCAGUGGAGCAUGGCAGUGGAGCAUGGCAGUGGAGCAUGGCAGUGGAGCAUGGCAGUGGAGCAUGGCAGUGGAGCAUGGCAGUGGAGCAUGGCAGUGGAGCAUGGCAGUGGAGCAUGGCAGUGGAGCAUGGCAGUGGAGCAUGGCAGUGGAGCAUGGCAGUGGAGCAUGGCAGUGGAGCAUGGCAGUGGAGCAUGGCAGUGGAGCAUGGCAGUGGAGCAUGGCAGUGGAGCAUGGCAGUGGAGCAUGGCAGUGGAGCAUGGCAGUGGAGCAUGGCAGUGGAGCAUGGCAGUGGAGCAUGGCAGUGGAGCAUGGCAGUGGAGCAUGGCAGUGGAGCAUGGCAGUGGAGCAUGGCAGUGGAGCAUGGCAGUGGAGCAUGGCAGUGGAGCAUGGCAGUGGAGCAUGGCAGUGGAGCAUGGCAGUGGAGCAUGGCAGUGGAGCAUGGCAGUGGAGCAUGGCAGUGGAGCAUGGCAGUGGAGCAUGGCAGUGGAGCAUGGCAGUGGAGCAUGGCAGUGGAGCAUGGCAGUGGAGCAUGGCAGUGGAGCAUGGCAGUGGAGCAUGGCAGUGGAGCAUGGCAGUGGAGCAUGGCAGUGGAGCAUGGCAGUGGAGCAUGGCAGUGGAGCAUGGCAGUGGAGCAUGGCAGUGGAGCAUGGCAGUGGAGCAUGGCAGUGGAGCAUGGCAGUGGAGCAUGGCAGUGGAGCAUGGCAGUGGAGCAUGGCAGUGGAGCAUGGCAGUGGAGCAUGGCAGUGGAGCAUGGCAGUGGAGCAUGGCAGUGGAGCAUGGCAGUGGAGCAUGGCAGUGGAGCAUGGCAGUGGAGCAUGGCAGUGGAGCAUGGCAGUGGAGCAUGGCAGUGGAGCAUGGCAGUGGAGCAUGGCAGUGGAGCAUGGCAGUGGAGCAUGGCAGUGGAGCAUGGCAGUGGAGCAUGGCAGUGGAGCAUGGCAGUGGAGCAUGGCAGUGGAGCAUGGCAGUGGAGCAUGGCAGUGGAGCAUGGCAGUGGAGCAUGGCAGUGGAGCAUGGCAGUGGAGCAUGGCAGUGGAGCAUGGCAGUGGAGCAUGGCAGUGGAGCAUGGCAGUGGAGCAUGGCAGUGGAGCAUGGCAGUGGAGCAUGGCAGUGGAGCAUGGCAGUGGAGCAUGGCAGUGGAGCAUGGCAGUGGAGCAUGGCAGUGGAGCAUGGCAGUGGAGCAUGGCAGUGGAGCAUGGCAGUGGAGCAUGGCAGUGGAGCAUGGCAGUGGAGCAUGGCAGUGGAGCAUGGCAGUGGAGCAUGGCAGUGGAGCAUGGCAGUGGAGCAUGGCAGUGGAGCAUGGCAGUGGAGCAUGGCAGUGGAGCAUGGCAGUGGAGCAUGA